GCCGCUGCCACCCCGCCGGCUCCGCUCAGAGCGUGUGUGCAGCCAUGGCCGGAGCCGCCGCUCUGGCCCUGCUCCUGCUUGGGCAGCUGCUGGCCGCCACCGUGACCGUGACCGGGGCGCAGAAAGUGGGACCUCGAGGCCCCCCCGGCCCCCGAGGACCACCUGGGAAGCCAGGCAAGGACGGCAUUGAUGGAGAAGUUGGUCCUCCAGGGCUGCCUGGGCCCUUGGGACCGAAAGGGGCCCCGGGGAAGCCAGGGAAACCAGGAGAAGCCGGGAUGCCGGGACUGCCUGGUGUGGAUGGUCUGACCGGGCACGAUGGACCCCCUGGACCCAAGGGCGCCCCCGGAGAACGGGGAAGUCUGGGACCCCCAGGGCCACCUGGGCUGGGGGGCAAAGGCCUCCCUGGACCCCCCGGAGAGGCAGGGGUGAGCGGCAUCCCAGGCGGAAUUGGCCUCCGGGGUCCCCCGGGACCCUCUGGACUUCCAGGCCUCCCUGGCCCCCCGGGACCUCCCGGCCCCCCUGGUCGCCCAGGGGUCCUUCCCGAAGGAGUUACUGACCUUCAGUGCCCGGCCAUCUGCCCGCCAGGCCCACCGGGGCCCCCAGGAAUGCCAGGGUUCAAGGGACCCACCGGCUACAAAGGGGAGCAAGGAGAAGUCGGCAAGGAUGGCGAGAAGGGUGACCCCGGCCCCCCCGGGCCCCCUGGCAUCCCAGGCACCGUGGGGCUGCAGGGUCCACGGGGCCUACAAGGGUUUCCAGGGCCACUAGGACCCCCCGGGGACCGGGGUCCCAUCGGAUUCCGAGGGCCCCCCGGGAUCCCAGGAGCCCCUGGGAAAGUGGGUGACAGAGGCGAGAGGGGCCCAGAGGGGUUGCGCGGCCCCAAGGGCGACCUCGGCAGGCCUGGUCCUAAAGGCGUCCCUGGCAUGUCCGGGCUGGUCGGAGAGCCGGGCAUGCCGGGCAAGGAUGGCCGGGACGGUGUGCUGGGACUCGAUGGCGAGAAGGGAGAAGCUGGUCGCAAUGGUGCCCCGGGAGAGAAGGGUCCCAAUGGGCUGCCGGGUCUCCCUGGACGAGCAGGGUCCAAGGGUGAGAAAGGAGAACCGGGCAGAGCUGGAGAGCUGGGCGAGGCUGGCCCCUCAGGAGAGCCCGGUGUCCCCGGAGACGUUGGCGUGCCCGGGGAGCGUGGCGAGGCUGGCCACAGGGGCUCAGCGGGGGCUCUGGGCCCGCAAGGCCCCCCCGGAGCCCCUGGUGUCCGCGGUUUCCAGGGCCGGAAGGGCAGCAUGGGAGACCCUGGCCUGCCCGGCCCUCAAGGCCUCCGAGGCGGCAUGGGCGACCGGGGCUCGGGAGGAGCUGCAGGCCCAAAGGGCGACCAGGGCAUCGCGGGCGCCGACGGCCUUCCUGGGGAUAAAGGAGAACUGGGUCCCAGUGGCCCUGUCGGACCCAAAGGAGAGUCCGGCAGUCGAGGGGAGCUGGGUCCCAAGGGCAUCCAGGGCCCCAAUGGCACCGGCGGCAUAGACGGCGUCCCGGGCCACCCUGGCCCCAUGGGCCUCCAGGGCGUGCGAGGAGUGCCCGGCAUUACUGGGAAACCCGGAGUCCCGGGCAAAGAAGCCAGCGAGCAGCACAUCAGAGAGCUGUGUGUGGGGAUGGUCAGCGAGCAAAUCGCACAGCUAGCCGCGCACUUGAGGAAGCCCUUAGCACCAGGGUCCAUCGGUCGGCCGGGUCCCGCUGGCCCCCCCGGCCCCCCGGGGCCCCCAGGCUCCAUUGGUCACCCCGGGGCUCGAGGGCCCCCUGGAUACCGCGGUCCCACCGGAGAGCUGGGAGACCCCGGACCCAGAGGAAACCAGGGGGACAGAGGAGACAAAGGCCCAGCUGGCGAGGGCCUGGACGGGCCUGACGGAGACCAAGGGCUCCAAGGACCGCAAGGUGUGCCCGGUGUUGGCAAAGAUGGCCGCGACGGGGCCCACGGAGAGCCUGGGCUCCCUGGUGAUCCUGGCCUUCCCGGUGCUGUUGGCGCUCAGGGGACCCCCGGCAUUUGCGACACCUCCGCCUGCCAAGGAGCCGUGAUUGGAGGGGGCGGGGAAAAAUCAGGUUCCAGGAGCUCCUAAAACACAACUUCAGGAAGCGAGUGAGGAAGCGAUGCCGACUGAAGCAGCCAGCUGUGCCAGGGCCCCGCGGGGAGCAGCAGUGUCCUGGCAUCAAUGGUCGGAGACCGCCGUGCCGUCCAGCGAGGCCUGCCCCUCCUGUCCUCAGCGGCAGCGACUGGACACUUGGUCCCCGAGAGCAUCCUUCAUCGAGCUGCUGUCAAAGUGUUCUGUCUCUACGUGUAUUUACAAUGGUCCAUUCGGCUGUAACAUCAUACCUCAGACCCAGGCCUAUGUAAUAAAAUCAUCAACCCAACAUUUCAGACGGAUCUCGGGUGCACACAGAGAAAGGUUUGUGCAAUUUCACGAGAGAAAAAAAUAUUCAGCAACUUGUUUACAUGGCAUUUGUGUAAAGGCUAAGAUAUCAUUUCAAUAAAAUGAUAUAUGAAAUCUUCAGAUUAAUGACUGGCCACAGUAUUACAAACAAAAUAAAGAAUUUAAUGUACAGUAUCCCUUCCAUACAAAGGUCUCGUCUGACUUACCUGCCUCCUUUGUGUACAAACGUUUAACUAUCUCCCAUUGACAGUAUUUAUUGCAAGUGACUGUACUGCACUAAGGUCUAUUGGUAUCUAUUGUAACAAA